AUGUGCAGCAUGUGGGACAGCUUUCGUGCUCAGCACCCCUUGCUUACCGUCAUCGAUCCAGCAGCUCAGGCGCAAAUGGUGAACUCCAUGCUGGACAUCUACAAGCACGAAGGCUGGUUGCCAGACUGUCGCAUGUCUCUCUGCAAAGGUUGGACUCAAGGAGGCUCCAAUGCCGACGUCGUCAUCGUUGACUCUUACGUCAAAAACUUGACCUCGAUUGACUGGAAGGUGGCUCUCGCGGCCAUAACAAAAGACGCAGAGGACGAACCCCUGGAGUGGUCUUACGAGGGACGCGGCGGCCUCACCAGCUGGAAGACCCUCAACUAUAUCCCGUAUCUAGACUUUGACCCGAUCGGGUUCGGCACAAACUCACGGAGCGUGACGAGGACUCUGGAAUACUCUUACAACGACUACUGCCUUGCGACCCUAGCUCAGGGACUAGGAGAGGGUCAAUUACACGACAAGUACAUCGCGAGAAGCAUGAACUGGCAGAACUUGUGGAAAGAAGACCAAAAGUCUUUGAUCAAUGGCACCGACACCGGAUUCUCUGGCUUCUUCCAGCCUAAGUACAUGAAUGGAACAUGGGGCUUCCAAGAUCCCAUAGCUUGCUCGAAUCUCGCUGGGUUCUGCUCCCUGACGACAAAUCCAAGCGAGACGUUCGAGGCGAGCAUCUGGCAAUAUCAAUUCAUUGUUCCUCACUCCACGUCAACUCUCAUCGAUCUCAUGGGCGGCGACGACGCCUUCGUCUCUCGCCUCAGUUACUUCCACGCAUCGCCCCUGGCCGACAUCUCCAAUGAGCCCGUAUUCUUGACCGUCUAUCUCUACCACUACGCCGGUCGCCCAGGCCUCUCAGCGGAACGCAUCCACAAGUACAUCCCCUCGGCCUUCAACUCCUCGCGUGGCGGGUUGCCGGGUAACGACGACUCGGGCGCCAUGGGGGCCUUCCUUGCAUUCUCCGUCAUGGGUCUAUUCCCGGUUGCGGGACAAAACGUGUAUCUUAUCACACCGCCGUUUUUUGAGGAAGUCAGUGUCAAAAUUCCGGUUACGGGGAAGAAUGCCACCAUCAAAUGUGUCGGGUUUGACGCAGCGUACAAGAACAUCUACGUGCAGAGUGCCAAGCUGGACGGGGAGGCCUAUACCAAGAGUUGGAUCGGACAUGAGUUCUUCAGUCAGGGUAAGACAUUGGAGCUGACGCUGGCAGAUAAAGAAUCUGAUUGGGGGAAGAGUAAAGAGGCAAGGCCGCCGAGUUACGUGGCUGUGUCGAAGACGUGA